UUGACAGAAGCAAGAAAAGCGCAUGCUGUCCACCCCGUAGUGUACAGCACCAACCGCUCCUUCAAAAACUCAGAAGGGUUUUGGGUUUUCAUUGGAAAAACAUUUCUCCAGAUUAAGAGGGAAAAAAAUGGUGAAUCCGAGAUGCUAUUUGGACAUAAGCAUUGGUGGAGAGCUUGAAGGAAGAAUGGUGAUUGAGCUUUACAAAGACAUUGUCCCUAAAACCGCUGAAAAUUUCAGGGCUCUCUGCACUGGAGAGAAAGGCAUUGGCCCUCACACUGGUGUCCCUCUCCAUUUUAAGGGUUCUUGCUUUCAUCUUGUCAUUAGAGGUUUUAUGUUACAAGGUGGGGAUAUAUCUGCUGGAGAUGGCACUGGUGGGGAAUCAAUUUAUGGCUUGACAUUUGAAGAUGAAAAUUUUAAACUCAAACAUGAAAGAAAAGGGAUGCUUUCUAUGGCAAAUUCUGGUCCAAAUACAAAUGGCUCUCAAUUUUUCAUCACCUCUUCUCAAGCACAUCAUCUUGAUGGAAAGCAUGUUGUGUUUGGAAGAGUAAUUAGGGGUUUGGGGAUGAUUCGUGCAAUUGAGUAUGUUAAAACAAAUGAAAAUAAUUUUCCUGACCUUCCUGUGGUAAUAGAGGAUUGUGGAGAAAUUCCAGAGGGAGCCGAUGAUGGCACAACUAACUUCUUUAAAGAUGGUGACACUUACCCUGAUUGGCCAAUAGAUCUUGACGCAAAACCAGAUGAAGUUGCUUGGUGGAUAACUGCUGUUGACUGUAUCAAAGCCUUUGGCAAUGAACAUUACAAGAAGGAAGAUUAUAAGAUGGCUAUCAGAAAGUACAGGAAGGCUGUCCGUUAUACCGACUUAUGCUGGGAUAAGGAAGACAUUGAUGAAGCAAAAAGCGAGUAUUUGAGGAAGACAAAGUCCCAGAUACUUGCAAACAGUUCUGCCUGUAAGCUGAAGUUAGGAGACCUAGCUGGAGCAUUGUUGGACGCUGAUGUUGCUAUUUAUGAUGGAGGAGACAAUGUCAAAGCUUUUUACCGCCAAGGCCAGGCAUAUAUGGCAAUGAAUGCUGUAGACGCAGCAGCUGAAAGUUUUAAGAAGGCCCUGCAGUUAGAGCCAAACAAUGGGGGGAUAAAGAAGGAGCUGGCUGCUGCAAAGAAGAAGAUUGCUCAAAAACUAGACCAGGAGAAGAAGGGCUAUGCUAAAAUGUUUCAGUAAAAUUUCCAGCGAUCAUGAUAGACAUAUAGUGGUGCAGGUUGCCAACUUACCAGCCUCAAACGGCCAGAACCAGGUAUUUGCCUCUGAUG